AUGAAACGUGACGCUGCCACCCCAGGGUUGGCUGGUGUUAAGAGGGUUCCGUAUAAGCGCUCUGCUCUCAAGUUCUCCACAAGGGAUGAUGUUGAUGACGAAGAGGAUGACAAUGAAGACAGCAAUGGAGUGGAUGAUGACGAAGACGAGGCGGUGAUUGAAAAUGAAAAUGCAAACGAUGAUAUUGAUGAUGGAUACGAUGCUCAACAGUCUUACAGAAUUCCAAAAUUUGGUGGGUUUUCAAAGAAGAAGAUGCCACCAACUUCCAAGAGUUCUGAACUCUUCGCAAAUGCUCCAUUCCAAGUUGUUGAAUUUGCAAAGGGUAAUGGUGGGUUGAAAAACGCCAUCAAGUCGAGUCUGGAGGAUGGAAUCGUCAAAGACUACACGUGGUUAGGAACCAUUGGUAUCCCAACAGAUGCUUUGGACGAUAAGACAAAGUUGAAAAUCACCUCCAAGUUGAAAGAUGAGUACCACUCAGAAUCUGUCUUGCCAUCUGAUUUGACGUUCCAAGGACACUACAAGAAUUUCUGUAAACAAAUUCUAUGGCCAACUCUACAUUAUCAGAUUCCAGACAAUCCAAAUUCAAAGGCAUUUGAAGAUCAUUCUUGGGAGUACUACCGUUCUUUAAACCAAUUAUUUGCAGAUAAGAUUGUGCAGAUUUACAAAGAAGAUGAUAUAAUCUGGAUUCAUGACUAUCAUCUACUGUUGGUACCAGAGAUGGUUCGUUCGAAAUUGCCAAAUGCUAAGAUUGGAUUCUUCAUGCACGUCUCAUUCCCUUCAAGUGAAGUUUUUAGAUGCUUUGCUCAGAGAGAAGCUUUACUCCAGGGAUUGUUAGGAUCAAACGCAAUUUCAUUCCAAACAACAGAAUACGUUCGUCAUUUCUUACAAACUUGUAACAAGUUGUUGUUGGCUGAUGUUUCACAUGAUGAGUUGAGAUACAACGGCUACACUGUUAAAGUGAGAGCCCAACCGGUAGGUAUCGAUGCUCACAAAUUGAGGAAACAGAUCGCCACGGACGUUGUAACCUCUUGGAGAGAAUUGAUCAAGCAACGUUGGGGAGAUAAGAAGAUCAUUGUUGGUCGUGAUAAGUUUGAUAGAAUCCGCGGUGUCAAAGAGAAAUUGUUGGCUUAUGAGAUGUUCCUGCAAAAUAACCCCGAGUAUUUGGAAACCACUGUGUUGAUUCAAAUAUGCCUGAAAUCAAGUACAGUGGAGAACGCUUUAGAAUCAGAGAUUAUGUCAGUUGUUGAUCGUAUCAAUUCCCUGUCUCCAAAUAUUUCAACAACUCAACCGGUUGUGUUUAUUCAUCAAGAUAUCGAUUUUGUUCAGUAUUUGGCACUCAUUGCAGAGGCUGAUACCUUUAUCGUGUCUUCUAUGAGAGAAGGUAUGAACUUGACAUGUCAUGAGUUCAUUGUUGCAACUGCCGAAAAAAAGUCGCCAUUGAUCUUGAGUGAAUUCACAGGUUCGGCUGCAGUUUUCAAGAAAGGUGCUCUGCUUAUCAAUCCUUGGGAUAUAAAGCAAGUGUCACAGGCAUAUAAGACCGCUUUGGCGAUGACUCCAGGAGAAAAGGAAAAGAAUUGGCGCUUAUUGUAUGACGUUGUUUCUCAUCAGGACUGUGACUAUUGGGUUGAGGCGUCUUUGAAAUUCAUCAAAGAUAGUUGGCAGGAACAGCACGAAAAGGAAAGGUAUUCCGCUUUAAACGUCAAAGACUUCAGCUUGAAAUACCAAACGUCUAAAAAUAGACUGUUCGUAUUGUUGUUAUCUAGGAUGCCAGUUGAACGUGAGAUGGCCAUUCUCAGCGAUCUCAGUACUGAUAAUCAGGUUUAUGUGCUUUCAGGCUAUAAGAGGGUUGAUUUGGAGCGUGUGUUUAGACGUCUGCCUAAUGUUGGUCUCAUUGCAGAGGGUGGCAGUUUCCUAAAACUCUCAAAUACUUCGAACUGGAUUUCAUUUGCAUCUGAAGAUAUUGAAUCUUUGUUACAGAGCACUGCUGUCGUUGCCGAAUCAUUUGCAGAACGUUUGCCUGGUGCUCGUGUUGAACAAGGUGAAUCCAUUCUAGCUUUCCGCACUGAACAGGUACAAGAUAAAGAACGUGAGGCUGCUACUAUUGGUGAUUUGAUUACCCAUGUGAACAGUUCCAGUAAGAAAAUUCAUGCCACUGUGGUUGACAAUACGGUUUAUGUGUUACCAUCUGAUGCUGCUGUAAAGGCUGUUAAAUUUCUUGUCAAGUACAUGACAACCACUGGGACAGUUGGUAAUGAUAUCUCUUUAGCGCAGCCAACUUCUCCAUCUUCAGCACCGAGUGUCGCUAAUGUUGAUCCGAUGGAGCCAAAACAAUUGGAUUUUGUGUGUAUCGGUGGUCGUUCAAAUGACCUUUUUGAGCCAGUCUUGGGAUACGGUAACGAAAUUUCAGCUGAAAAUGAGGCAAAAAACGUGUUUACCAUAUCUUUUGAUGGUGAUGCCACCAAUGCCAAAGAGCGUGUUGAAGGAUUGAACGAAUUGUACAGCAUACUCAAGAAACUCAUUUAA